AUGGAGGACGAGAGAAAGAGGAAGAGAAAGCAGUCGAACCGAGAGUCGGCGCGUCGGUCCCGUAUGAGGAAGCAGCAGCGGCUGGACGAGCUGACGGGGCAAGUGAACCAAUUGGAGGAGGAGAAUAAGAAGGUGAUGAAGAUGAUAGAUGGAGCCUCCCAGCUGUACCUCGACUUUGCAUCCGAGAACAAUGUGCUGAGGGCUCAAGCAGUUGAGCUCACCGAUCGCCUUAGAUCGCUUAAUUCUGUGAUUCACAUUGCAUCUGAGGUGAGUGGGAUGGCUCUUGAUGUUCCCGAUGUCCCUUCUUCGGAUUCUUUGCUCGAGCCGUGGAAGCUGCCCUGCCCGAUGCAGGCCAUCCCUGCGGAUAUGCUUAUUUGA